CUCUGUCCCCCAACCCUUUUCUUCACCUCUCACCGCACAUCACCCACUAUUGGUCACUGACUGACUUGAGUGGCUGAGCUCUCCACAACUACCAUGGCUGCCUCCACCGCCGCCCUCAUUUCCUCGGCCCCCUCCCGCGCUUUCUCCUCCUCCAAAUCCACCCCUCUCGUCGCCGCCUCCUCCAAACCCAUCUCCCAAACCCUGACCUUCCCCAAAUCCAUCCACGGCCUCCGCCUCCCCCGCGUCGCCCAUUCCGCCUCCCUCUCCCGCGGCGGCUCUCACGCCCGGAAGUCCUUCGUUGUCAAAGCCUCCGCCGUUGAGCUUCCCCUCGUCGGAAAUGUUGCUCCUGAUUUCGAAGCCGAGGCUGUUUUCGACCAGGAAUUCAUCAAGGUCAAGCUCUCUGAGUACAUUGGGAAGAAGUAUGUGAUUCUCUUUUUCUACCCAUUGGACUUCACGUUUGUUUGUCCUACAGAGAUCACCGCUUUCAGCGACCGCCAUGCUGAGUUUGCGGAGCUCAACACAGAAAUCUUGGGUGUUUCAGUUGACAGUGUGUUUUCCCACCUCGCAUGGGUCCAAACUGAUAGGAAAUCUGGCGGUCUUGGAGACUUGAAAUAUCCACUGAUCUCUGAUGUCACCAAAUCAAUUUCAAAAUCUUAUGACGUGCUGAUCCCAGAUCAGGGAAUUGCUUUGAGAGGACUCUUCAUUAUUGACAAGGAAGGCGUCAUUCAACACUCCACCGUCAACAAUCUUGCCAUUGGCCGUAGUGUAGAUGAGACUAAGAGAACGCUCCAGGCCUUGCAGUACGUGCAGGACAACCCCGAUGAAGUUUGCCCUGCUGGGUGGAAGCCUGGGGAGAAGUCCAUGAAGCCAGACCCCAAGGGCAGCAAAGAGUACUUCUCCGCAAUAUAAAGCUGGUACAUUGCAUAUCAUUAUCCAUGUCGAAUUCAAAUAGGGAGGUGUAAACGAGUUUUGUAGUUGUGUAAUCUCUUUUUUCAGUCCUUGGUUAUUUUGAGCAUCAGCAUGUCACAAUAAAACCCAAUCGAUGGGGCUUGCAUGACACGUUUGUUCAGCGUAUUCAAGCAUCAUACAAUUUCGUUCAUCGCUUUCUUUUUUAUCAUGUAAACAGGCCGAGCCUCUGUAACUUUAUGUGAUCUGAAACUUGUAAGAUGGAGAGAAUAAUCAUCAUUCCUCUUCUAUUU